CACCCCCCUCUCACGGCUCGCCACACUCCCGCUGACCACCCGCCUCUCCCGCCCCAGCCCCGCGUGCCCUCUGCCAGACCCCCCUCCCAUGUCUGGCGACGACGAUAUCGAGCGUGCGCUCUGGAACAACGACUUCUACUCGUCGCCGGCGGUGCUCACCGAGCUGUCGCUGUCGAGCCACAUCACCACCCUCCGCCAGUCGGCCAACUUGCCGGGCUCGGCGCUGCUGCUGCUGCUCAGCGGGCACUUGGCCGCGCGCCUGUCCCCAGCCGCCGGAUCCGCGCCCGAAAACGGCCCCGCGCGGCCCGCCAGCAGGACCUCCUUGAUGACGGUGUCGCCGUCCAUGAAGGCGCUUGAGAUUGCGCUCAACGGGGCGCCCCGGCCCGCGGCCCUGCCGGAGGUCAUCCGCGAGGAGGCCGCCGAGGAGGCCGCCGAGGAGGCCGCCGAGGACGACGCCGAGGAGGCCGCCGAGGAGGCCGCCGAGGACGACGCCGAGGAGGCCGCCGACAGGCCCUCCAGUGGUGAUGCUGCGGACGGCUCGCCACUCACUCUGGCCGCCCUGGCCGCCCUGGAAUACGCAAGCGCGUCCGCUUUGCAGCACGAGGCCCCCCGGGACCACGCGGGCCCCGCGGGCGCGCCGGGGCCCCACACGCCGCGGACUUUGGCGGCGUCCAGCUCGUGCCCGGCCCUCUCGGACCGGCACCACGACGUCUCCGGCGCGCCCGAGACCGGGAAACAGCCGCUCGGCCCGGCGUUCCAGCAGCCACGGCUGGCGGGCCCGGCCAGGCCCCUGGCGGCCAAGCAGGCCCCGGUGCGCUCGUUGCUCGACAGCCCGUUCGUCACCUCCUCCAAGCCCGGCACCGCGGCCGCACACAGCCCGCCGCGCAAGUUUCUGUCUGCGGCCAGCAUCGCCCUGGCCGCCUCGCUCCAGGGGCAGAGGAAAGACGCCCCGGGCCCGGCCCCUGGGCCCAAGCCCGUGAACCCCAAGCGGUUCAGCUUCCGUGGUCUCUUCAAGAUCAAGUCCAAGAACCACUCCCUCUCGAAGCUCAAGGAUGUCGACGAGGAGCUGCUCCACGGCAGCAGGCCCGUCAAACUAUCCUCCAAGUCGGUCUCCACCCCCGACAUGUCGGCCCUCGUGAAAGAGCAGAAGGCGUCCAAACAGAAGAAGCUGGGCUCGAGGCUGGACAGGAGGAAACGCUUUUUCGGCACCAAGAGCAGCAGCGGCACUCUGGGCCAGGACAGCGGCACUUUGAGUAAGGACAGCGGCACUUUGAGUAAGGACAGUGGCGCUUUGAGUAAGGACAGCCCCCGCAUCUCCGGGAAAAAGCCCCUCCCGCCAAAGCCCGUUGGACACGCAGGGCCCCUGGAGGCCACGUCGGUCAAAGCUCCAGAGACCGACCGUGUGGCCUCUCCACUUCUUCCACCGGGGCAUGAGACACCCGCUGCGGCCUCAAGCAUCUUCUCCGUCGAGACGCCGCUGACCGCAUACCUUGAACCGAAGAGGGGGACGAUUCGCGAGGUGGACGAUUCGGACUACCUGCCAAACCUUACCGAGGGCCUGCCUGCGCCGAGUGAGGGUUCCAUGAAUCACGCUGUUGCCCAAAAGCUAUUGGCAGAUGAUGAGCUGUCCCAAGGCGCACAUGAAGAAGUCUCACCUUUCAUUUCUCACACCAGUAUCCUCAAUGCGCCACCAGAAACUUCGUCCCCAUCUCAGUUCGGGUCGCCUUUCCAAGUCGCGUUCGACUCCGAUGGUGACGACCCCCCUGCUCGCCUGUCUGCAGCUGCCCGUGACCAGCCAGCUCUAUCCCCAGGAAGGUCGAUGACUAGCAAAAGGUCAAACGAGCAACUCGCAGGGGAAGCUCUUUUCCCAAAGUAUCUCGACGCUCACGAGGUGGAGAGCAUCGUCUCACUAGAAAGAUCCAGGUCCAUGAGAUCAGCAAAAUCCAAUAAGAGAAGCUCCUUUCUCAACUACAACGGCUCGGACGAAAACAUCAUUCUCGGAAAGCAUUUGGGCAACUUGUCACAAGGCUCAAUGAAAAGAUCUGGGAGUAUCUUGAAAAACUCACCAUCAAUGCAGAGCCUGAUGCCCGAUGUCUUCCACCUGAUAGAAACGGCUUUCGAGGAUUACACACCUGAAGAUGCGACCGAAGCUGUGGAAAUCCACCUGCGUGCAUCUCCAGCCAACGACGAGGAUUAUUCAGACUUGAUUGAGUUCUCGGACUUCAUCGAUUUUGACAACCUUGGUUUCUCGGACUCACCACUUCCCGUCCCAUUGGAGGCCUACCUGAGUGGUCUUUCGCCGUCGUUGGGAGUAUACAUGGAGUAUGGAAAUGGUGCAAAAAGUGCUCCUCUGAUCACAACAGAAUCAGAGCCAAAUGAUCCUGUGGCGCCCGAUUCUGCAAAUGAACAAGGCGACACGAAUGAUCAUGUAGGCUCUACCAACGCAACUGAAAAUACGCCUGCUGUCCAUAUCACGUCUGCUGAUGAAACCACCUCCGCCGUCGACACUACUACGGCUAUUGACACCACUACUUCCUUCAACAACUCCGAAAUACCUAAGGCGGGCGCUGAUUCGCCUCCCGCUUUGAUUGAAAAAGAAAAAUCCCCUGAGAUAAUAUGUGUCUCGUCGCAUACGGAUCUGGACUUCGACACUUCAAGAGUACCUUCAGAGAAACACGAAAUUGACACUGUCAAUAAUUCGCCCGAUCCAACCCCUAAUGAAACUCCUUUGAAUGGGACAUUCAAGUUUGCUAUGGAAGAUAGUAGGAGGGCGGAUAGCCCCAAUCAAGCGCCUAGACCUGUUUCUAUGUCUUUCCGAGGCUUCAGUGGGUCUGCAUUCAAAGACCGAAUCUUACCUCAAUCUGGUUCACAUCAACUGAUUCAGUUUGAUGAAGACUCUGCUGACGAACAUUCAGCAGUGGGUCAAGGAUUUGGCUCCUCUGAUGAAGAAUCUGAGGAUGGCAUGGACUCUUUUGAGGCACAGGAAGACGAAAAAAUGUUCCACUCUGUGUCUGAUACGAGAAGAUCAGACCAUGAGCCUAAGAAAAUGAACAGUUUUGAUAGGCGACAAAGGCAUAUAAGAAAUGUUUUGGACUUACAGCCACCUCCAUCUACUUUGCCGUUCCAUCAUAAUCGAAUUCCGUCCAUUUCAGAUCAAAGCUCAAUAUCGAGCCCCAAACUGUUGACAUCUUUUAUUUCAAGGAUUCGAAACUCUCCAUUGUCUCUGCCGAAGUUGAACCCGUCCAGGCCAACGGUUAAGUUUUCUUCGCGGAUUAUUUUGUACGAUACUUAUCAUCAUGAUGAGUACGAUCGUCACCCAGAGAUUGCUACAUGUAAUCAGCUUACGCCUCUUUUGGCUCAGCAAAUCAAGGAGGAGCUUAAUGAGCUCAAGUCUAAUAUGGAAGUGCACGAGGAAAGUAUUUGCUAUACACAGUUUUUCUGAAUUACUCAGAUGGCUUUCGAAGACUCUGGGCCGGGAAAGGUUCGAA